GACCAACAUGACCCGAGCAGAUCCGCUCCUAUAAGUAGUUAACAGGGCGCACAUCACUGCCCGAUCGUCAUCACCUCUCACACCAGACCAGCAACGACGCCACAUCUAAACUACCUUAACUCACACCCUCUCCACGCGAACUUGAACUUUUUUUCUCUUGGGAUUUGCCUGCCUUACUCGCCACUCCCUACACCAAAACUCAUCCUUCGACGCCGACUGCCCCAUACACCACAACAAUCAAAACAACAACAUCAUCAUCAUCACCACCACAACCGAAAUGGCACUCCGCGUCCUCACCGUCUUCGCCCUCGCCCUCGCAGCGCAAGCCUCAUCGCCCGACAUCGACACAGACGCGAUAACGUGCGGCUCCAGCUCAGAAAACCCCAGCACAGGCGGCGUGACCAACGUCAUCAACGAAGUGCGGCCAAAGGCAGAGUGCGCGCAGAGCAACGGCUGGGGCGACAAGUGCCGGCAGCUCGUCAAGCACUCGGACGCCCAGAUCAAAAUCUGCGGCGCCAGCGACGGCAUCAAAAGCAUGGGCUACCCGUGCACGGAUAUCGCCACCUACGCAAACGCUAUUCAGCAGCAAUGCCUCGACAACGAUAGCCAGACCAGCGGUGGCACUUACCAGAUCGAUGACGAUCAGUGGAUCGAGGUUGUCGCGUUGUAAGCGGGGUUCUAGAGCGUUGCCAGUUGGGCGCUUUGGUGCUGGGAAAACUGUGCGUUUGAUGGAGUUUGUUGGUGGCCAUGGGCGGUGUGGCGGCUUGAUGCAUAACAGGUUUCUACUGCUUGAUGUUUGCUUUGCUCUUGCUGCUGCUGCUGUUUGUUUGUUUGUUUGCUGCUUUUUCUGUGCAAGGAGUUUGUGACAAGGUCGUAGUUUUUGCAGCACUCUUGUCUUCUUUGUGUUUUUUUGCUUUUAGAUACCUCUAGCUAUUUCGUUACGAUGAAGACGCAUCUGGAAUCCGAACUGGUUUCGUUGAGGAGCUUGCUUGUUGUUUGGUGUUGUUUGUGCUUGUGGUUUGUCUUGGUUAUGUGGUGGGAUGUUGGAAUGUCUAUAGGGAGUGGGAUUUGGGAGGCUCUCUUGGACAUCAUGUGUUUUUAUUAGUACCAGCAGUACCACAGUAAUCUAGGAAGCCGAG